AUGCCGCCGAAGAAGGAAGCCAUGGACCUGGGCGCCAACCUCAGCGACCCGCGCAUCCAGCAGGCGCUCAUCGCCCUGACUCAGGAGAAGCUCAACUCCCUGGUCGGGAAGCCCGUGCACCUCGAGGAGAUGUCGGAGGCGGUCAAGGCGCGCGUCGAGGAGCUCGAGACGCUGCAGGAGGAGUACGACAACAUCCACGAGAAGUACGUAGAGGAGGAGCGCGCGCUGCGGGCCAAGUACCAGGCGCUGUACGAGCCGGUGUACGACAAGCGGCGCGCGGUGGUCCUCGGGGAGGAGGCGCAGGGCGACGAGCGCGGCGUUCCGCGGUUCUGGGUGACGGUGCUGCAGAUUUGCCCGGAGACGGCCGAGCUGGUGCAGGAGAAGGACGUGCCGGCGCUGGAGGCGCUGCGCGACAUCCGCGUGGUGGACCCGCUCGAGGACGGGGAGGAGGGGUUCAAGCUGGUGUUUGAGUUCGGGCCGAACGAGUACUUCGAGAACGAGAAGAUCGAGAAGACGUAUUUGAUGGCGGAGGACGACGCGGGGAUGCUGCGGUCGUCGACGGCGACGCCGAUCAAGUGGAAGGAGGGCAAGGACCUGACGGUGAAGAUCGUGAAGAAGAAGCCGAAGAAGGGCGGCAAGAACGCCAAGCCCGUCAUGAAGCAGGAGGACGCCGAGUCCUUCUUCCAGUUCUUCAAACCGCCGAAGAUCCCCGACGACGAAGACGAGCUCGACGAAGAGGAGAUGACGGAGCUCACGGAGCGUCUGGAGACGGACUACGCGGUCGGGGAGAUGCUCAAGGAGCAGCUCGUGCCGGACGCGGUGCGGUGGUACACGGGGGAGGCGCUGGACCUGGACGAGGACGACGAGGAGUACGACGACGACGAGGACGGCGAGGGCGACGGGCAGGACGACGACGACGACGACGACGAGGACGAGGACGGCGAGGGCGAGGGUGGCCAGGGCGAGGGAGAGGCUGCCCCGGACUGUAAGCAGCAGUGA